AUGGCGAUGGAGGUACGGGACAGUUUAGAGAUCACACACACAGGGGAGUACUUGAAUUUCCUGAAGUGUUAUUUUCGGGCGUUCUCCGCGAUUCUGUAUCAUAUAACGAAGCCCCAAUUCGCCGAUAACCCCGAGCACAAGCUCCGGAACAUUGUGGUGGAAAUUCUCAAUCGUCUUCCUCACAGUGAAGUCCUUCGGCCCUUCGUUCAGGAACUCUUGAAGGUUGCAAUGCAUGUACUCACCACCGAUAACGAAGAGAAUGGGUUAAUUUGCAUUAGGAUUAUCUUCGAUUUGCUAAGGAAUUUUAGACCAACCUUAGAAAAUGAAGUUCAGCCCUUUUUGGACUUUGUGUGUAGAAUUUACCAGAACUUUAGGGCCACUGUAACUUAUUUCUUUGAAAGUGGGGCGGUUUCGGCACCAGUUGCGGUUUUGGGUUCUAUGUCAUCGUCGACAUUAAGUUCAUCGGUAGGUGGGGAAGAUGUGAGGCCAAUGGAGUUGUCCGAUCCAAUAUGUCCAAGUGCUGGAUAUGUUGGGCAGCUUAACCCGAGUACCAGGUCGUUCAAGAUUGUUACGGAGAGUCCCUUGGUGGUUAUGUUUCUGUUUCAGUUGUAUGGCCGGCUUGUUCAGACCAACAUUCCUCAUUUGUUGCCAUUGAUGGUCGCCGCAAUUUCUGUUCCGGGUCCUGAAAAGGUUCCGCCCCAUCUCAAGACUCACUUCAUUGAAUUAAAGGGCGCCCAGGUUAAGGGAAAUAAAGGAGACAACAUCUCAGAUUCUUAUGGAUUGAGUACUUUUUCUAACUUUAGGGCCACUGUAACUUAUUUCUUUGAAAGUGGGGCGGUUUCGGCACCAGUUGCGGUUUUGGGUUCUAUGUCAUCGUCGACAUUAAGUUCAUCGGUAGGUGGGGAAGAUGUGAGGCCAAUGGAGUUGUCCGAUCCAAUAUGUCCAAGUGCUGGAUAUGUUGGGCAGCUUAACCCGAGUACCAGGUCGUUCAAGAUUGUUACGGAGAGUCCCUUGGUGGUUAUGUUUCUGUUUCAGUUGUAUGGCCGGCUUGUUCAGAUCAACAUUCCUCAUUUGUUGCCAUUGAUGGUCGCCGCAAUUUCUGUUCCGGGUCCUGAAAAGGUUCCGCCCCAUCUCAAGACUCACUUCAUUGAAUUAAAGGGCGCCCAGGUUAAGACAGUUUCUUUCUUAACUUACCUGUUGAAGAGUUGCGUCGACUAUAUCAGGCCACAUGAAGAGAGCAUAUGUAAAAGCAUCGUGAACCUGCUUGUUACUUGUUCUGACUCUGUCUCCAUUCGAAAGGAAUUGUUGGUAGCCCUUAAACAUGUUCUUGGGACAGAUUUCAAGAGGGGUUUAUUUCCUUUGAUUGACACACUGUUGGAAGAGAGGGUCCUUUUGGGAACUGGCCGGGCUUGCUUUGAGACAUUGAGGCCGUUGGCUUAUAGUUUGCUGGCAGAGGUUGUUCAUCAUGUUAGGGGAGAUCUCUCCUUGUCACAGGUGGAACCUAUUUUUGAAAAAGGUGUCGAUCAGCCUUCGAUGGAUGAAGCACGGAUUUUAUUGGGGCGAAUUUUGGAUGCUUUUGUUGGGAAAUUUAGCACUUUCAAACGUACUAUCCCCCAGCUACUGGAAGAGGGAGAGGAAGGAAAAGAUCAUUCUACACUGAGAUCAAAGCUUGAACUCCCUGUGCAGGGCUUCAACACCCUCCUACCAGAAAAAAAAAGUACAGUGGAGGAAGAAAAGAGGAAAAGCUCCGUGGGGGGGGGGGGGGGAGGCAUCAGUUUGUGGAUAGCUUGCUUGUUCAAUGCAGUUUUAAAUCUUCAGGUUCCUGUGGAGCAUUCUAAGGAAGUCAGUGAUUGCAAGCAUCUGAUAAAAACCUUGGUUAUGGGAAUGAAGACUAUAAUCUGGAGCAUCACUCAUGCACAUUUACCCCGGUCUCAGGUUUCUCCUUCCACGCAUGGUACACCUCCACAAGGGCUUGCUCCAACAGCCAGUUCAUCAAUACCGCAACCAUUCAAAGGGAUGAGAGAAGAUGAGGUAUGGAGAGCUUCUGGUGUAUUAAAGAGUGGUGUGCAUUGCUUAGCCCUGUUCAAAGAGAAGGAUGAGGAAAGGGAAAUGGUCCAUCUUUUUUCCCAGAUUUUGGCUAUUAUGGAGCCUCGAGAUCUCAUGGACAUGUUUUCAUUGUGUAUGCCGGAGCUUUUCGAAUGCAUGAUUUCCAACACUCAGCUAGUCCACAUGUUUUCUACCCUUUUGCAAGCUCCUAAGGUUUUCCGGCCAUUCGCAGAUGUUUUGGUUAAUUUCCUUGUGAGUAGCAAACUUGAUGUCCUGAAGCAUCCGGAUUCACCCGCAGCAAAACUAGUUUUGCAUCUCUUUAGGUUUUUAUUUGGCGCCGUUGCCAAGGCUCCUUCAGAUUGCGAACGUAUUCUGCAGCCUCAAGUGCCUGUUAUCAUGGAAGCUUGCAUGAAAAAUGCUACUGAGGUUGAGAGGCCAAUUGGAUAUUUGCAACUUCUUCGUACAAUGUUUCGUGCACUUGCUGGAGGAAAAUUUGAACUUCUGCUGCGGGAUUUGAUUCCUACACUGCAACCUUGCUUAAAUAUGCUAUUGGCCAUGCUUGAGGGGCCUACUGGUGAAGAUAGGAGGGAACUCUUGCUGGAGCUUUGCUUAACCUUGCCUGCACGCUUAAGCUCAUUGUUACCUCAUCUUCCCCGUCUUAUGAAGCCUCUAGUCAUGUGUCUUAAAGGGGGUGAUGACCUUGUGAGCUUAGGUUUAAGAACCCUAGAGUUUUGGAUAGAUAGCUUGAACCCUGAUUUCCUGGAACCAAGUAUGGCAAAUGUAAUGUCUGAAGUUAUUUUGGCAUUGUGGUCUCAUCUGAGGCCUGCACCCUAUCCUUGGGGUGGGAAAUCAUUGCAACUCCUUGGUAAAUUAGGUGGUCGUAACAGACGCUUUCUGAAAGAGCCUCUUGCACUUGAGUGCAAGGAAAACCCAGAGCAUGGGCUUCGCUUGAUUCUUACAUUUGAGCCUUCCACUUCAUUUCUGGUACCUCUAGAUCGUUGUAUAAAUCUUGCUGUGGCAGCUGUCAUGCAGAAGGACGGGGCUGUUGAUGCUUUCUACCGGAAACAAGCCCUGAAGUUUCUUCGUGUAUGCUUGUCCUCGCAGCUUAAUUUGCCAGGACAUGUUACUGAUGAGGGAUCAACAUCUAUACAGCUGUCAUCUUUUCUAGUUUCCUCUGUUGAUCCAUCUUUGAGAAGGUCUGAAGCAUCUGAUAUAAAGGCUGACUUAGGUGUGAAGACAAAGACCCAACUUAUGGCUGAGAAAACUGUGUUCAAGAUUCUCUUGAUAACCAUCAUUGCUGCAAAUGCCGAACCUGAUUUGCAUGAUUUGAAGGACGAAUAUGUUGUAAAUGUUUGCCGCCAUUUUGCAAUCCUAUUUCACAUAGACAAUUCCUCAGCUAACACAUCGGCUCCAAGUGCUCCGCUAGGUGGUCCUAUGCUUUCAUCGAAUUCCAGUGUCGGCUCAAAGUUAAGAAAUAGUACUUGCUCUAAUCUGAAAGAGUUGGACCCCCUAAUCUUUUUAGAUGCAUUAGUGGAUGUGCUGGCAGAUGAGAAUAGACUGCAUGCUAAAGCUGCUCUGAGUGCACUGAACGUAUUUGCUGAGACACUUCUCUUCCUUGCACGCUCAAGACAUGCUGACGUGCUUAUGUCAAGAGGAGGUCCUGGUACUCCUAUGAUCGUCUCUAGUCCAUCAAUGAGUCCUGUAUAUUCUCCUCCUCCAAGUGUUCGAAUACCGGUUUUUGAGCAACUUUUACCUCGUCUUUUGCAUUGUUGCUAUGGAAGUACUUGGCAAGCUCAAAUGGGAGGAGUUAUGGGGCUUGGUGCUUUGGUUGGAAAGGUCACUGUUGAAACUUUAUGCCUUUUCCAAGUACUAAUUGUUCGUGGGCUGGUAUAUGUUCUUAAAAGGCUCCCCAUAUAUGCUAGUAAAGAGCAGGAAGAGACAAGUCAGGUGCUUACACAGGUUCUCCGUGUUGUGAAUAAUGUUGAUGAAGCAAACAGCGAAGCUCGGAGGCAAAGUUUUCAAGGAGUUGUUGAAUUUCUUGCAUCAGAAUUAUUUAAUGCCAAUGCAUCUAUUAAUGUAAGAAAGAUUGUGCAGUCUUGUUUGGCACUUUUGGCAAGUAGAACUGGCAGUGAGGUAUCUGAGUUGCUUGAACCGUUGUACCAACCUUUGCUUCAGCCUCUUAUAAUGCGUCCACUUCGUUUAAAGACUGUUGAUCAACAGGUUGGAACAGUUACUGCUUUGAAUUUCUGCUUGGCUUUGAGGCCCCCUCUUCUGAAGUUGAAUCAAGAACUAGUGACUUUCCUGCAAGAAGCAUUGCAAAUAGCUGAGGCUGAUGAAACUGUGUGGGUUGUGAAGUAUAUGAACCCAAAAGUUGUUACAUCGUUAAAUAAGCUCCGCACAGCUUGCAUUGAACUACUAUGUACGGCAAUGGCAUGGGCAGAUUUCAAAACUCAAAAUCAUUCUGAAUUGCGUGCUAAAAUUAUUUGCAUGUUUUUCAAAUCCUUGACAAGCAGGACACCAGAAAUUGUAGCUGUUGCUAAGGAGGGCUUAAGACAGGUUUUUGGUGCUUGUUCUAUUGUUUGUAUUGAUUAUUUGUUAUUGGGUAGACUGAAAUGUUUGGUAAACAAUUUCAUUAUUAUUUUUAGUAACAGAUUUUGUNGUUCAAAGUUAAGAAAUAGUACUUGCUCUAAUCUGAAAGAGUUGGACCCCCUAAUCUUUUUAGAUGCAUUAGUGGAUGUGCUGGCAGAUGAGAAUAGACUGCAUGCUAAAGCUGCUCUGAGUGCACUGAACGUAUUUGCUGAGACACUUCUCUUCCUUGCACGCUCAAGACAUGCUGACGUGCUUAUGUCAAGAGGAGGUCCUGGUACUCCUAUGAUCGUCUCUAGUCCAUCAAUGAGUCCUGUAUAUUCUCCUCCUCCAAGUGUUCGAAUACCGGUUUUUGAGCAACUUUUACCUCGUCUUUUGCAUUGUUGCUAUGGAAGUACUUGGCAAGCUCAAAUGGGAGGAGUUAUGGGGCUUGGUGCUUUGGUUGGAAAGGUCACUGUUGAAACUUUAUGCCUUUUCCAAGUACUAAUUGUUCGUGGGCUGGUAUAUGUUCUUAAAAGGCUCCCCAUAUAUGCUAGUAAAGAGCAGGAAGAGACAAGUCAGGUGCUUACACAGGUUCUCCGUGUUGUGAAUAAUGUUGAUGAAGCAAACAGCGAAGCUCGGAGGCAAAGUUUUCAAGGAGUUGUUGAAUUUCUUGCAUCAGAAUUAUUUAAUGCCAAUGCAUCUAUUAAUGUAAGAAAGAUUGUGCAGUCUUGUUUGGCACUUUUGGCAAGUAGAACUGGCAGUGAGGUAUCUGAGUUGCUUGAACCGUUGUACCAACCUUUGCUUCAGCCUCUUAUAAUGCGUCCACUUCGUUUAAAGACUGUUGAUCAACAGGUUGGAACAGUUACUGCUUUGAAUUUCUGCUUGGCUUUGAGGCCCCCUCUUCUGAAGUUGAAUCAAGAACUAGUGACUUUCCUGCAAGAAGCAUUGCAAAUAGCUGAGGCUGAUGAAACUGUGUGGGUUGUGAAGUAUAUGAACCCAAAAGUUGUUACAUCGUUAAAUAAACUCCGCACUGCUUGCAUUGAACUACUAUGUACGGCAAUGGCAUGGGCAGAUUUCAAAACUCAAAAUCAUUCUGAAUUGCGUGCUAAAAUUAUUUCCAUGUUUUUCAAAUCCUUGACAAGCAGGACACCAGAAAUUGUAGCUGUUGCUAAGGAGGGCUUAAGACAGGUUAUUUUACAGCAAAGGAUGCCCAAAGAACUUCUGCAGAGCAGCCUGAGACCAAUAUUGGUUAACUUGGCACAUACCAAAAAUCUUAGCAUGCCUCUUUUGCAAGGUCUGGCCCGUCUGCUUGAACUUCUGUCCAACUGGUUCAAUGUUACAUUGGGUGGUAAAUUGUUAGAGCAUCUUAAGAAAUGGUUGGAACCCGAGAAACUCGCACAAUGUCAGAAGUUGUGGAAGGCUGGUGAAGAACCAAAAAUAGCUGCUGCUAUUAUCGAGCUUUUCCACCUCCUUCCUUCUGCGGCAGGGAAGUUCCUUGAUGAGCUUGUAACCCUGACUAUUGAUUUGGAAGCUGCCCUUCCCCCGGGACAGUUUUAUAGUGAGAUUAAUAGUCCAUAUAGACUUCCACUGACCAAGUUUUUAAAUCGUUAUCCAGCAGCGGCUGUUGAUUAUUUUCUUAGUCGCUUAUGCCAGUCAAAAUAUUUUAGUCGGUUUAUGUAUAUUAUACGGUCAGAUGCUGGCCAACCAUUGAGAGAAGAACUUGCGAAGUCGCCAGAGAAGAUACUUGCAAGUGCCUUUCCUGAAUUUUUACCAAAAACAGACACAUCAAUGGCUCAGGGAGCUUUUACUCCACCUACAGCUUUGAUGGGUGAUGAGGGCAUUGUCACUCCUCAACCUGAAAGUUCUAAUCCGACUUCUGCCAACUCGGGUGAAACCACAGAUGCGUAUUUUCAGGGACUUGCACUGGUCAAGACUUUGGUUAAACUGAUGCCAGGCUGGUUGCAGAGUAAUCGUGUUGUUUUUGAUACAUUAGUACUUCUGUAUAAAUCACCUGCAAGAAUUGUCCGUUUGCAAAAUGAGCAGGAACUGAACCUAGUGCAAGUGAAAGAAAGCAAAUGGCUUGUCAAAUGCUUCCUGAAUUUCUUACGCCAUGAUAAGAGUGAAGUCAAUGUCCUAUUUGAUAUCCUCUCCAUAUUCUUGUUUCGUACACGCAUCGAUUUUACUUUCCUGAAGGAGUUCUAUAUUAUUGAGGUUGGUGAGGGCUAUCCACCCAACAUGAAGAAAACCCUCCUUUUGCAUUUUUUGAAUCUUUUCCAAUUAAAACAGCUAGGUCAUGAUCACUUGGUGGUGGUCAUACAAAUGCUCAUUCUCCCUAUGUUAGCUCAUGCUUUCCAGAAUGGCCAAAGUUGGGAAGUUGUGGACACCACUAUUGUUAAGACCAUUGUUGACAAGCUUCUUGAUCCUCCAGAAGAGGUCUCUGCUGAUUACGAUGAGCCCUUGAGGAUAGAGCUUUUGCAGCUUGCCACUCUACUUCUCAAGUAUCUUCAGAGUGACCUUGUUCAUCACAGGAAGGAACUCAUUAAAUUUGGCUGGAAUCAUCUCAAACGUGAAGACAGUGCUAGUAAACAGUGGGCAUUUGUGAAUGUUUGCCACUUCUUGGAGGCAUAUCAGGCGCCCGAGAAAAUAAUACUCCAGGUGUUUGUGGCGCUUCUUCGAACCUGCCAGCCGGAGAAUAAAAUGUUGGUCAAGCAAGCUCUUGAUAUUUUAAUGCCAGCACUUCCACGAAGAUUGCCACUUGGUGAUUCCCCUAUGCCAAUUUGGAUACGUUACACAAAAAAAAUCCUUGUCGAGGAAGGACACUCAAUUCCGAAUCUAAUCCACAUAUUUCAGCUCAUAGUCCGCCAUUCAGAUCUCUUUUACAGCUGCAGAGCACAAUUUGUGCCUCAGAUGGUGAAUUCACUCAGUCGCCUUGGAUUGCCAUAUAAUACUACUGCAGAAAAUAGGCGUCUCGCAAUUGAACUUGCUGGAUUGGUUGUCAGUUGGGAAAGGCAAAGACAAAAUGAAAUGAAAAUAGUAACCGACAGUGAUAUUCCUCACCAGAGUACCGAUGGAUAUAGCCAUGGGUCAACUGGUGUUGAUCCUAAGCGUUCGGUGGAUGGAUCUUCAUUUUCCGAAGAUCCAAGUAAGCGAGUAAAGGUUGAAGCUGGUCUUCAAUCCCUGUGUGUGAUGUCACCUGGUGGUGCCUCAUCAAUUCCUAACAUAGAAACCCCUGGAUCUUCUGGCCAACCUGAUGAAGAAUUCAAGCCGAAUGCAGCAAUGGAGGAAAUGAUCAUCAAUUUUCUCAUAAGAGUAGCUUUGGUGAUAGAGCCCAAGGAUAAGGAAGCAAGUCUCAUGUACAAACAAGCUUUAGAUCUCCUAUCACAAGCAUUGGAGGUGUGGCCAAAUGCUAAUGUGAAAUUCAAUUAUCUGGAGAAGCUGCUAAGCAGUAUUCAACCAUCUCAGUCAAAAGACCCGUCGACAGCUCUUGCACAGGGCCUGGAUGUCAUGAACAAGGUGCUGGAAAAGCAACCACAUUUGUUUAUCCGAAAUAACAUCAACCAGAUUUCCCAAGUAUGA